GACGACCGAAGAGAGUCACAGGACCCGCCCUACCUGCUAAGAGGCGGGGGAGUGGGGCGCAGACGCCCACCGCCGCAGGCGAGGUAACGAGGGUCUCAGCCAAUGGUCUCAGGCCGGCGGGAGCGCGGCGGUGACGUCCUGAUAUCCGGGGGAGAGCUUUCCUGGCUGGGCGCUCACGGAACUUUGGAUCUGAAGUGGGACUUUAUCCCUCGGGGGUGGUUGGACUUUAGGCCCCUGCAAGCCGGUCUGCGUCGCCGGGUCCCAGGUGCCUCCUCUGGAUCCUCGGACCGCGGGCCGCCACCAUGGACGGGACGGCCGAGCUGCUCUUCUACGUGAACGGCCGCAAGGUGAUAGAAAAAAAUGUCGAUCCUGAAACAAUGCUGUUACCAUAUCUGAGGAAGAAGCUCCGACUCACAGGAACUAAAUAUGGCUGUGGAGCGGGAGGCUGUGGUGCCUGCACAGUGAUGAUAUCACGAUGUAACCCCAUUACCAAGAGGAUAAGACAUUAUCCAGCCAACGCCUGUCUGAUUCCCAUCUGUUCUCUGUAUGGUGCUGCCGUCACCACAGUGGAAGGCAUAGGAAGCACCAAGACCAGGAUUCAUCCUGUUCAGGAGAGGAUUGCCAAGUGUCAUGGCACACAGUGUGGCUUCUGCACCCCUGGGAUGGUGAUGUCCAUCUACACGCUGCUGAGGAACCAUCCAGAGCCCACCCUGAGUCAGUUAACUGAUGCUCUUGGUGGUAACUUGUGCCGUUGCACUGGAUACAGGCCCAUAAUCGAUGCAUGCAAGACUUUCUGUAAAACUUCUGGCUGCUGUCAAAGUAAAGAAAAUGGGGUUUGCUGUUUGGAUCAAGGAAUAAAUGGAUUACCAGAGUUUGAGGGAGGAAAUGAGACAAAUCUAAAACUCUUCUCAGAAGAGGAGUUUCUGCCAUUGGAUCCAACUCAGGAAUUGAUAUUUCCUCCUGAGCUAAUGACAAUGGCUGAGAAACAACCACAAAGGACCAGGAUUUUUGAUGGUGAUAGAAUGACAUGGAUUUCUCCAGUGACCCUGAAGGAACUUCUAGAAACCAAAGUCAAGUAUCCCCAGGCCCCAGUUGUCAUGGGGAACACAUCUGUGGGGCCUGACGUGAAAUUUAAAGGCAUCUUUCACCCAGUUAUAAUUUCUCCUGAUGGAAUUGAAGAACUGAGUGUUGUAAACUAUACAGAUAAUGGACUGACCUUAGGUGCCGCCCUCAGCCUGGCUCAGGUGAAGGACAUCCUGGCUAAUGUGAUCCUGAAGCUCCCGGAGGAGAAGACACAGAUGUACCACGCUCUCCUGAAGCAUUUGGGAACUCUGGCUGGAUCCCAGAUCAGGAACAUGGCUUCUUUAGGGGGCCACAUAGUGAGCAGGCAUCCAGAUUCAGAUCUGAACCCCCUCCUGGCCGUGGGCAACUGUACCCUCAACUUGCUAUCAAAAGAAGGAAAACGACAGAUUCCUUUAAAUGAGCAGUUUCUCAGAAAGUGCCCCAGUGCUGACCUUAAGCCUGAAGAAAUCUUGAUCUCAGUGAACAUCCCUUAUUUGAGGAAGUGGGAGUUUGUGUCAGCCUUCCGACAAGCCCAGCGGCAACAGAACGCGCUAGCGAUAGUCAAUUCGGGAAUGAGAGUUUUUUUUGGAGGAGGAGAUGGCAUCAUUAGAGAGUUAUCCAUUGCAUAUGGAGGCGUUGGUCCAACCACCAUCUGUGCAAAGAAUUCCUGCCAGAAACUCAUCGGAAGGCGCUGGAAUGAAGAGAUGCUGGAUGCAGCUUGCAGGCUGAUUCUGGAUGAAGUCUCCCUCCCAGGCUCAGCCCCAGGUGGGAGGGUGGAGUUCAGGAGGACUCUCAUCAUCAGCUUCCUCUUCAAGUUCUACCUGGAAGUGUCACAGAUUUUGAAGAGGAUGGACCCUGUUCACUAUCCUAGCCUUACAGACAAGUACGAGAGUGCUUUAGAAGAGCUUCAUUCCAGACAUCACUGGAGAACAUUAAAGUACCAGAAUGCAGACCCAAAGCAGCUUCCUCAAGACCCAGUUGGCCAUCCCAUCAUGCAUCUGUCUGGUAUUAAGCAUGCCACAGGUGAAGCCAUCUACUGUGAUGACAUGCCUGCAGUGGACCGGGAGCUGUUCUUGACUUUUGUAACAAGCUCAAGAGCUCACGCUAAGACUGUGUCUGUGGAUCUGUCAGAAGCUCUCAGCCUGCCAGGUGUGGUGGACAUCCUGACUGAGGAACAUCUUCAUGGCAUCAACUCCUUCCGCCUUUUAACCAAACCUGAGAAACUUCUAUCGACAGAUGAGGUAUUUUGCGUGGGUGAGCUUGUCUGUGCCGUGAUUGCUGAUUCCGAGGUUCAGGCAAAGCGAGCUGCGCAGCGAGUGAAGAUUGUCUACCGAGAUUUGGAGCCGCUGAUCCUGACCAUCGAGGCUGCUGCCCUGGUUCACAUUUAUCUAGAUGGGUCUGUGCUGGUGACUCAUGGUGGAAUUGAAAUGGGGCAGGGGGUCCACACUAAAAUGAUUCAGGUGGCCAGUCGUGAAUUAAGGAUGCCAUUGUCCAACAUCCACCUUCGGGGAACAAGCACAGAAACCGUCCCUAAUGCAAACAUCUCUGGAGGUUCCGUGGUGGCCGAUCUCAAUGGGUUGGCAGUAAAGGAUGCUUGUCGAACUCUUCUAAAACGCCUUGAACCCAUCAUCAGCAAGAAUCCUGGAGGCACUUGGAAGGACUGGGCACAGGCUGCUUUUGAUGAAAGCAUUAGUCUUUCAGCUACUGGAUACUUCAGGGGUUAUGAGUCGAACAUGAACUGGGAGACGGGCGAAGGCCGUCCUUUCGAAUACUUUGUUUAUGGAGCUGCCUGUUCCGAGGUUGAGAUAGACUGUCUGACAGGUGCUCAUAAGAACAUCAGAACAGACAUUGUCAUGGAUGUUGGCUGCAGUAUAAAUCCGGCCCUUGACAUAGGCCAGAUCGAAGGUGCAUUUAUUCAAGGCAUGGGACUUUAUACAAUAGAGGAACUGAAUUAUUCUCCUCAGGGGGUCCUGUACACUCGGGGCCCAAACCAAUAUAAGAUCCCUGCCAUCUGUGACAUCCCCACGGAGUUGCACGUUUCUUUGUUGCCUCCGUCUCAAAACUCAAAUACCCUGUAUUCGUCUAAGGGUCUGGGAGAGUCUGGGGUAUUCCUGGGGUGUUCGGUGUUUUUCGCCAUCCAGGACGCGGUAAGUGCAGCACGACAGGAGAGAGGACUGUUUGGACCGUUGAAGCUCAAUAGUCCACUGACCCCAGAGAAGAUUAGAAUGGCCUGUGAAGACAAGUUCACAAAAAUGAUUCCAAGAGAUGAACCUGGAUCCUAUGUUCCUUGGAGUGUACCCAUAUGAAUCAAAUACAAACCUCUGGCGAAGAUGGGGUGGCUCUUCCAACAAAGCAAUCUAUCCAGUCUCAAUGCUCUAGGAUGAUGGGUCUGAAAGACAAAUUUUCAUAGUUCAGAAAUCAUUUCACAGAGUAUUGCUUUUACAGGAUGCUGAUUUUAAAUGUUCCAUUUGGAACUUGGUAGAUAUGCUUAAGCAAUUUAGAAAUCAUAUUUUAAAUGGCAUAAAUGCUAACUGGUUUCCUCUAGAAUGGUAUUCUUUAUUAUUCUGUCCCUUAAAUCCAUCCAGCUGAAUGGAAUGGAAGAUGAUGGUUUGUAUGUGAUUCAUAGUUGGCUUGUAUCCACCAACAGAAAUUAUACUGUCUAGUGAAAGGCAAUUUUCUAAAUAAUUUUAUUAGUAUGAACUGUAAAGUUGUCAUUUUCUCAUUUGUCCCCAUCUGCUAUCACCCUCUUUUUCUUGUCAGAAUGGAUCUAGGCGCUAUGUCUGAAGAGUCUGUAGGACCAAAGGAAAAAACCAGAUAAAUUGAACUUAAUCAAAACUAGAAACUUUUGGGCUUCAAAAGAGACUAUGAGAAAUUGAAAAGACAAACCACAGAAAAGGAAAAAAAUACUGAAAAUAUUUGCAAAUCAUAUGUAUGAUAAAGAUCUAGUGUGCAGAAUAUAUUUUAAAACUCUUACAACUCAACAAUAAAAAGAUAAAUAACCCAAUUUUUAAAUGGGCAAAGGAAUUAAAUAGACAUUUCUCCAAAGACAUCUAGAUGGCCAAUAAGCACAUGAAAAGAUGCUCAAACUCAUUAGUCAUGAAGAAAAUGCAAAUCAAAACCACAGUGAGAUAUCAUUUCACACCCACUAGGAUGGCUAUAAUCAAAAUGAUGGACAAUAAAUAGUAAGUGCUGGCAAGAAUGUGAAGCAAUUGGAACCCUUAUCCAUUGCUGGGGAGAAUGAAAAUGGUGCAGGUCCUCUGGAAAACAGUUUGGCAGUUCCUCAGAAAGUUAAACAUGUAGUUAUCAUAUGACCACUCCUACAUAUAUACCCAAGAGAAUUGAAAACGUAUGUUCACACAAAAACUUGGACACAAAGGUUCAUAGCAUUAUUCAUAAUAGCCCAAACUGGAAACAGCCCAACUCUAUAGACGGAUAUAUGUGGUAUAUCCAUAUAAGGGAAUAUUAUUGAGCCAUACAACGAAUGAAGUACUGAUACAUGCUACAACAUGGAUGAACCUUGACAACAUUGUCUGAGUGAAAGUAGCCAGGCACAGAAGGCCACAUAUUGUAUGAUUCCAUCUAUGAAAUGUCCAGAAUAGGCAAAUUCAUAGAGACAGAGAGUAGAUUAAUGGUUGCCAGGCCCUGAGGGGAAAAGGGAAUGGGACGGUGAUGGCUAAUGGGUGCGGGGUUUCUUUUCAGGCUGAUGACAAUGUUCUGGGAUUGGAUAGUGAUGACGGUUGUACAACCUGUGUAUAUACUAAAAACCACUGAAUUAU